AUGGCGAUUAUUUGGGACUUCGCUCUCACGAUGUACCGUGUUGCGCUCUUUCUGACAUUAACUAUUAUAGCUGUUGUUGGGACUUUACAUGACGAUGAGAAUAUCCGAGCCCGUUUUGAACAGCCACUAGGAGGCAUACAGGAGCUCACAGAAGCCGCUUUACAAAGCGACGAAGCUAGGAAACGCGUGGAAUUAGCACUGGAACAUCUGUCCAAUCAAAAAGUGGGAUGUUUGAAACAUCGACCAAUCAAAAUACGCAGUGGUAGCCGUCAGGUGGUGAAUGGAUUUAUUUUCGUUUUCGUCGUGGAAGUGGAGAGUUUUUCGGUUGGUGAGUGUGACAGUGCACCAGGCGUUUCAGAGGUCUAUAAAGUGACGAUCUACGAACCUGCCGCCAGAGAUCGCCAGACGGAAUAUUCCUUUGAAAAGCUUUCAACUACUGAAACCUAG